UGGCGGCUGUUCGGAGAAGGAACUAACUUUAUUACCAUGCUAGGACCAAAGCAAGUAAUAGUGCCAGCUUCUUGUUGUUUUUUUAAAAUGUUGAUAACCGUUUCGGAGUCAUGUCGAAUUUUUGUCUCUGUAGGGUAGUGACAGGGCAGCUACAUAAGCUAGAGAGGAGUGUGGAUGUUAAAAACCAUAUAAAGAAGCUCGAACAUUAAACGGUCCUGUCGGAUUUUCUAAAAGCCAGCGAGUCCGGCUCUGUAUCCGACUAAAUUGUAAGAAGUCGGUGAAUUAGAGGUAGGCAGAGAGCCCUGCCAGGACAGGCCUCGCCACAGAGACGGCUCCUGUGGGACCAUCACUGCCCAUUGGUUUCUGUAGGGAACAGUGGCACUCAGGACCCGCUUUUGGUUCCAUGAAUGAAAAUGGAUGAUUCCAAACCGCGCUACAGCAAAAGACUGCGUGCUCGUAACCAGCAGCGUUAUCAUGAUGAUGGCAUCUCGGAUGAGGAGAUUGAUGGGAGGAGGAUGUUUGACCUGGAGGAGAAGGUUAACAGUGAGAGGUUCAGCUCUGACAGAGUGCUUCGCAUGGAUGGAAAAGACUUUACAUACGCAUUCAUUCAGAGAGGUGGUCUGAGGGACCCCAUCGUUUUUGAGAAGCCUGAUGGACUGGGAAUCAAGAUGCCAGAUCCUGACUUCAGUGUCAAUGACGUCAAGAUGUUUGUCGGUAGCAGACGCAUGAUAGAUGUGAUGGAUGUGAGCACUCAGAAGGGGACCGAGAUGUCCAUGGCCCAGUGGACACGUUACUAUGAGACCCCCCCGUGUCAGAGAGAGAAGCUCUAUAAUGUUAUCAGCCUGGAGUUCAGCCACACCAAACUGGAGAACUGGGUCAAGAGACCUGCCACAGUCGAUCUGAUCGACUGGGUGGACAACAUGUGGCCUCGGCAUCUGAAAGAGAGACAGAGAGACUCGACUAACUCUAUCAAUGACAUGCAGUACCCCAAAGUACAGAAAUACUGUCUGAUGAGUGUUGAGGGCUGCUACACAGACUUCCACAUCGACUUUGGUGGGACUUCAGUAUGGUACCACAUACUGAGAGGGAGCAAGGUGUUUUGGCUGAUUCCUCCGACUCCUCAGAGCCUGGAGCUCUAUGAGAACUGGGUACUGUCAGGGAAACAAGGAGAUGUGUUCUUGGGAGACAGAGCGUCUGACUGCCAGAGGAUUGAACUGAAGCAGGGCUGCACCUUCAUCAUACCCUCAGGUUGGAUCCAUGCCGUUUACACCCCGGUGGACUCGAUGGUCUUUGGAGGAAACUUCUUGCACAGCUUUAACAUCCCCAUGCAGCUCAACAUCUGUAGUAUAGAGGACAGAACGCGGGUUCCAGCGAAGUUUCGUUACCCCUUCUACUAUGAGAUGUGCUGGUACGUGCUGGAACGCUACGUCUUCAGCCUGACGAAGACCUCCUACCUCACCCCAGAGUUUCAGAAACACUCCCUGGGCAUUGGUCUGAAGAAUCCGUGUGGCUCAGAUCCAGUCAGUGAGCAGCUGAAGACUGAGGGGGAGGGUGUUGGCAGUGAGGAAGACUCUGAGAAGCUUCCACUUAAGGUCCACCUGACCCCCCUUGAACUGGAGGGACUCUGGAACCUGCUGGGUAAACUGGAAGCUCUGCCCUCUAACAAGAAGUGUGUCCCAGCAGGGAUACACAACGCCCCGGCGCUCAUUACACACAUCAAGGCACUACUGAAGGAGCACGCUAAUGACAAUCCCAGCACGUCGUACACAGGACGGCCCAUCGUCAGGUGGCCAAAGAGGCCAUCAUGGUACCAACCUCCUCCCCCUCCCCCACCACCACCUCGCCCUAAACUGUCCUCCACUCCCAUCACUCCACGACCUCAAAAACCAGCGUCUUCCAUGUCCGUGUUGAGACGACGCAGGGUCAGGUGUAAACGCUGUGAAGCCUGUAUGAGGCCUGAGUGUGGAGACUGCAACUUCUGCAGAGACAUGAAGAAGUUUGGAGGCCCAGGGAAGUUAAAGCAGACCUGUGUUCUACGACAGUGUCUCUCUCCGGGCCUGCCUCUGUCUGCGGUGUGUGAGAUCUGCAAAGAGCCCAAUCAGGAGGAAACCGGAGACCCCUCCCUCACUCUGAUGGAAUGCUCCAAUUGUGCCCAGAUCGUCCACCCUGCCUGCCUCACGGUUCAGGGGGAAGGAGUGGUGAAUAAAGACCUCCCAAGCUGCUGGGAGUGCCCGAAGUGUGUGCAGGGCAUCACUGAUCCAGAGUCAUCAGGCAGUGAUGAAUCGCUGGCUGCUGGCCACCAACAGCGUAUCCGUCCCCAUGGCCCCCUGGUCCUCAGGCUGGGUCCGGGGCCCUCUCCUAGCGUAGGGGGUCCUGUGGGCCCCCAUCAGGACGGGGAGGUUGUCCGCUGUGGUUUCUUCCCUGCUCCUUCUCUUCCUUCCUGCUCUUCCUCCUCAGCGUCACUUCUCUUGGUGGCGGCCCCUCUGCCUUCUCAGCCAAUCAGCUCGAGACUGCAGUCUAAAGGUGACCGAGGUGACAGCCUUCCACUGAAAAGAAAGUCCUCCUCUCUGCUUGACGCUCGUAUGGCUAAGAUCUACAGACGCCAGCGCCACAGCCGCGAUGGAGAAGACUCUGUCAGUGAUGAUGACGAUGAAGCCUCUCAGAGAAGAAAGAUGGCACUUCACGCUCGGGGUGGGACUCACUCUUCCAAGAGGGCCUUUGGCGCUAACAGGAGAGGCCUGCUGAGAGGAGGCUCGGCCCACAGAGGCAGCAGAGCAGGACUCGUGAGUCCGGGAUCAUCUUCUGUCCUCAGGCUUAAGCGAGGGGUUGGCAUGAGGGACGCUGGACGCCGAGGACGAGGGGUCAGGUUGCGCGGAGGUUCCAGAAUGCAACGAAGAGGAGAUGAGUCUGACGAAUCUGACGAGGACGACGAUGAUGACGAGGAUGAUGACGACGACGACGAGGACGACGACGAUGAAGAGGAUGAGGAAGAGGAGGACAGCGAGGACGGAGAUAAAGAACAGCAUCGUCGACACAGGAGACAGCGCAGGACGGAUGAUGAUGAGGAUGAAGACGUAGACAGUGAGGGGCAGUUUGACCCUGAAGAGGAGGAGAUGGACACUCUGGAGGAUGAUGAGGAAGAAGAGGUGGAGGAGGAAGGACGCUGGGAUUCGGACCCAGAACCUCCAGUCCUGCUGGUGUCUGAUCUGAGCGAUGACCUGCUGAGUGGCUCCUACCUGACGGUGACUCUACAGCGCCCCAACAAGGCCAAGAGACAGUGUGGCUCCAUAGUUCCAAAGCUGGAAGCAGCCAUGGGCCCGAGGACUGCAGGGCAGCAGGGCUUUAUUCAGAGAAAGGGCGCUCUGUCCAAACCUGCACGGCUCAGGUGCACAGACUCCACGGCUGACAGCAUAACCCCACGAGGACCCGGCAGGCCUCGCCUGCGUGGUAGCCGUGGUGAGAGAGGCGCUCGAACUCGCUCAGCGUCUUCUUCAGAGGAAGAGGAAGCUGCUGCUCACCCUGCGUCCUCCACCCUGUCUUCUGCAUCGUUGCCGUCUCUGCUCUCCUUUAAGGAUGUGGGCAAUGAGAGAGGCGGGGAGAAGGAGGUCUGGGUGUCUGUGUUCAGAUACUUGAACAGAGCUGAGCUGCUGGCCUGCAUGACUGUCUGUAAGGCCUGGUACAAGUGGAGCUGUGACAAACGUCUGUGGAGCCACUUGGAUGUGAGUCGGUGCAGCCCGCUCAGCAAUCAGGCCCUUGCAGGCAUUAUCAAACGACAGCCCACCUCUCUGGACCUUUCCUGGACGCCCAUGGCCAAGAGACAGCUGAACUGCCUGCUAACGAGACUCCCAGGUCUGAGAGAGCUGAGUGUGACUGGUCUGCCCUGGUCCUGUCUGUCGGCAAUGGUUUCUCCCACUCUGCCCCAUCUACGGCUGCUAGACCUGCGCUGGUGCGACGGCGUCAACGACGCCCAGAUUAAAGAGAUCGUCACGCUGCCUGGUUUGGAGUCGUCCCGCAGCAGACUGAGGAACAUGGUGACGCUCCGCCUGUCCGGUCUGGACAUCACUGAGUCCACUCUGAGGCUCCUGCAGCGCCACAUGCCGCAGCUGGAGAGGCUGGACCUGGCUCACUGCAAGGAUUUAACAGACUCCUCGGUCGCCCUGUUGGCAGCAGCUGGGACUCACACACGCAAUAACCUCACCGAGCUCACGCUGGCAGGCUGCAAUGAGCUGACCGAUGGCUGCCUGUCCUAUCUGAAGCGUCUCUCCUCUCUGACCCUGCUCGACCUCAGAGGCUGUAAAGGCGUCAGCAGACGAGCCUGCGACGCCUUCAUCUCCGACCUGUCCCACGUAGCUGUCUACUGCAUGAUGGAGGAGAAACUCAUCCAGCGCCUGGAUUAACAUGAGCACACACUAAACACGAACAUUUUAUUUAUGAUCACACAAGCUGCCAACAUUGGACUGAAGCAUUAAAGCUGCCAAAAAGGCUGACUUCAAGUCCCUGUGUCGUCUGAUGUCAUUGUUAAAUCAUUUCUGUUAGUCUCUGGUCUACAAGAAACACUCGUACGCUUGAAACUUGUUAUCUGCAAAUGCUGCCAAAAUAUUACCAGGAGAUCAGAUUGUUCCCUGAAUCUCGAGUUACUGCCUGAAUACGAAGCUCUGUUACGUUUGCUUUUCCUUUAUGUCUAAAAUGUUCACCUAACGUAGAACCAGACAUCUUAUUUCUUAUGAAACAUUUGCACUGUUUUGUUGUUUGUUUGUUUUUUUUGUUUUUUUUUACGGGACUUGAGAAGGAAAAGUGUUUUGCUCUUCUGCGUCUUAACACUGAUUCCCUGUGUACAUAUGUUGUUUGUUUCAUAUAUGAUAAUGUAGCAUAUAAAA